CCCAAACAAGAAAACGAUAAGUAAAGAAAAAACUGUUUCUCCAUCCACGUCAGGGAAAAGGAAAACCUCCCGGAGCUCAGCGACGGCGAGACCUUAAUUUUCCUUUCUCCGUUUCUCUUUCCCUACGAGCUCGCCUACUCUUUCUCUCGAUUAUUGCCUUGCCAAGCAGAAACCGUAAGAGCCUGCGAUUCUGCGGAUUUUUAUUGAAUGGAUUUCAGUUUCUCGGCCAGUAAUAUCAAAUGGUAAUGGAGAGAGCUCAGGAUUCAGCUGGAAUCGCUUGGGAUGCAAGCCACCUAAAUGUGAAUGGGAAGAUAGAGAUGCCUCAUGGGAACAAUCUCGCGGUGCAUACGCCCAAUUCUCAUCUCCAUGGGUUUACUACUACACAGAAAGAAGAAAAUAUUCAUAAUCAGGAGUCACUUGCUGGUUUCAUAUUCCUCUGUAACAGGCAGACAAAGCCUCAGUGCUACCAGUACCGUGUUUUCGGGGUUCCCAUACCUAAAUUGCACGUCGUUCAGAAGAUCAAGCCAGGGAUGAAACUUUUCCUGUUUGAUUUUGAUGCUAAGCUUCUCUAUGGUGUUUAUGUGGCGACCUCUUGCGGAGUAUUGAAUUUGGAGCCUGCUGCUUUUGGUGGGAAUUUUCCUGCACAGGUUGUGAGCUUCCGUAUAGACAGAGAUUGUCUGCCUCUACAUGAUAGUACCCUUAAGCACAUAAUCCAUAAGAACUACCAGAAGGGAAGAUUCACUCAAGAACUAAGUUAUGUGCAAGUUCAAGGUCUUUUAUCGGCAUUUCGGCCUUUUGGAAUGCGAUCAUUGGAAUAUGUGCCUCCUAUAAUGUGUCAUGAAUCAAUGCCAGUAGCAUUGUCUGGUACAGCUGGUGUGGAUCAGUCCCAGCCUUUGAAUUCUUAUGAUACCGCGAUGCAUCGAAGUCAUGACCAAGCAGAAUCAGGCUCCCAAUAUGCAACACAAACCAAUGUACAACCCCAGCAUGGUUAUUAUGGACCCACAAAGGAUGGGGUUCCUGAUCACUUAUCAACAAACCUGAACGAUCGGCCAGCUUUUCAACCAUCUUAUUAUACAACCUCACAUGACUCUAGGUUGCAAUUACAACAUACCCCAGCAGUAUCAGAUGUUAAAUAUGAUGCUAUACCAAUGGAUAGAGGCCACCAGUAUGGACAUUAUAGAAACAUAGAGAUCCAGGGGACUACACAUCUACCAGCGGGGCAGCAAGCUCAACUGGCUCCUCCUACUCUGUCUUAUUCAUCACAUCCUUAUGAAGCUAAUACUGUGCAGCAUGGUUAUGUCCUUCCUGCAGCGGUUAGUGGAACUCUUGAGCACGGAGGCCAACAAAGACCACUAGAACAUUCCUUACAACCUCAUAUUCAUCCAUCUUCAGUGGCCACGUAUGAUUACAAACAGGGGCAACAAGGUUACUCGCAUGUCAAUCCACCAUCACACGCUGUUCCUGCACUAGUCCAACAGGCAGAGCCACUUAUGGAUCCUUAUCAUAGUGAUAGGGGUGUAGUGGAGACCCACCCCAAUUACCAAUACUACAACUGGAACAAUCAUGAGAACUAUGGGUUACAACAAUCACAAGUGAACCAUGAGGCUUAUUUGCAGCAGGGGAGCAGCUAUCAACAAUAUAGCCCAACCACAGUGUCGUAUACACAACCACAUCACCAGUGAGAAACUCAGACACUAGUAAGUGCCCGACAGUGCCCACGCUCUAGGGAAAACUCUCUUCUUCUUGGUUAGGUCAGCAGUUUCAGUUUGUGCAACCUAACAUAUGUAAACCCUGGGGCAACUUUAUCCUAUAAAAGUCUCCUGAUACUAAGAUCCUCAACUGCUGUCUUUUUGGGGAAAAAUCACAAAAUACAUAUGUUAAAAAAAAUUAUCAAAAUACACACAUUAUAAUUUUUUUUUUUCAAUCUACACAUGUUUGGGCAUUCACCGCUGCAGAGGAGGGCAGUGAAGGCUUUACCGCGUUUGUCGGCCGCGGUAAAGGCCUGACUUGCGUUGAAACUUCAAAC